AUGUAUGAGUUACACUUCCACUUCACAACACAGGAGUACAUUUCCCUCAGUUAUGUGCUUGGCUACUCUGCAGAAGAGAUACGCCAACUCUGUCUUCAGGCUCGAUACGAGGGUAUGAGUGGAUAUUUCAAGGACAAGUGGAAUUGGCUUGAUAUACUUGCCAUUCUUUUCACGCUUUGUGGCUUCAUCAUACGCUGCACAGCUCAGUGUCAGGAGCCCUCGCAAUUCGCAGAGGCAUUUGACAGGACAAUGUACCUGGCACGCAAUAUUUACUUAAUUGGCCUGCAUCUCUUCUUCAUUCGCACUUUGUUCAUCACCUCAAUCUCACCUAAAAUCGGCCCAAGAUUAAAGAUGAUGACGGAUAUGUUGAAAAAGGAUCUUAUACCACUACUCAUUGUAUUUGCCAUCUUCAUCACCACUUUCGGGGUUUGGAUUGAGAGCCUUUUGCAUCCAAACCGAUUCUAUAUGACAAAACAUCAGAUACAGUCUGAAUAUUUGAAUAUCACGAGAUCGUUUAACAAACAGCAAUUUGAAGUCAGAGAUUCUAUAGGUAACCUUUUUAAACGAGCCUUUUACAGCAUUUUUGAGGUGAGCACCAUUCUUGAUGAAGUAGAGAAAUGUAGAGGCCGUUGUGGUCAUAGAGAUGGCAACGACAUAGUCGCAUUCUUUGUCCUUGUGCUCUACACUGGUAUCGUGAACAUCAUCCUCAUCAACCUUUUGAUAGCCCUGUUCAGUAAUACUGUCUCCCGUAUUGACCAGAAGUCAGCCGCCCACUGGCUCGCCGAGAGGUACAAAAUUAUUGAGGAGUACAGCCAACGCUCCAUUCUGCCAUCACCGUUCAAUUUAGUUUCCAUUCUCUUUGAGUUGAUCGCCUUCUGUAUACGCCGUUGGUGUCGGUGCACUGCAAACAAGGUCUCCCACUCCGUCAGCAAAUCCGUGGCCUCUUCCUCCUCCAAUAUGAAAUACACCUCGCGCGCUCGGUCCAAUAGUCUAAAAGUCCGUUCGAGUGACCUUGGUGUAAAAAUGGAGUCCGGAUCAGACAGCCAAAACUCGAAUGAAGAGGUAUUUGAGCUCAUGAAUCCGGCGAGGAAUGAUAACCAUCAAGAUAUCAACUAUUUGGUUUGCCGGGAGAAGAGGAUUCGACGAACCAAACUCAUGGAUGAAACAAUAAAUUCACACUUGCUCAAGAUGGAGACUGAUAUUUUUCUUAAAUUUAUUCUUAUCCAAAGUUUCGCCUUGAAGGAUGGUCGAUAUACUUUGGGACCAUCUACUCAGACUAUUGGACAUGGAACAGGAAGCGGAUAUUUAGCUGGAAUGCAACAAUCUGGAGGCGGCGUCUUCCAAUUUGGGGGCAGCUGUUAUGCAAACGAAAGUAAUGCUAUUGGCAACAUUGGCAGUUCAAAUCCCUUGGGUAUGGUCAGGGCGGAGAGAUGGCAUAUGGACAAAUCUACUGGGUCCCAGGCUCCUGAUGAAACUGCUGAUAGUGUGGUUGGCCUUCUCGAGUCUCGGGUAGGUAGCAUUGAGACUCAGCUGAUCGGUCUCGAUGCCAAGCUCGACCAAAUAUUGAGCCAGCUAGCUGAAAUGGCGCCCCGGCGCUACAGUUACAAAGCGGCUCAUUCGACCGGAUUUGCAGAUGCCUUACUCGCAUCGUAUUCAUCCUCUCCGAAUCUGCCGCCUCGGAUUCCAACCUCUCGAGAACUUAUGAUGACGGCCAAGAACGCUACAGAAGUUCAUGUGCCCCCGGCUGUCACGAUAGAGCAUGCAGCUGAGGAGCAUGACUCUACUUCGGCCUAUACAAAACCCUCAUCACAUUAA